CCCAUUGUAGUGUCCAUUUUAGAUUUGAAUUGAAGCAAAUUAAAAAUGGUUUUACUACUACUCUUUCUUCUACCCGUUGCUCUUAUUUUGAUUUACUAUUAUAUUUUUCCCAGUUCCAAACGUAUUGGGAAGGAACCUACUUGUCUACCAGGUCCUCCCGGGCUUCCAAUCAUUGGGAACUUGCAUCAAUUUGACACUGCUGAGCCCCACGUGUUCUUGUGGAAACUUUCAAAGAAAUAUGGCCCCUUGAUGCGCAUGAAACUUGGUUCCAGGGAAGUUGUAGUGAUUUCCUCAGCGAGAAUGGCGAAAGAGGCCUUAAAGACACACGACUUGGCGUUUUCUAGUAGGCCGUCAUUUAUAGGCCAGCAAAGGCUAUCCUAUAAUGGCCUGGAAAUGGCGUUUACGCCUUAUGGAGAAUAUUGGAGAGAGAUAAGAAAGAUUUCUGUUCUUCAUCUCUUUAGCUUCAGGAGAGUGAAGCUGUUCCAACCAAUCCGGGAAGAUGAAGUCUCUCGGAUGAUGAAUCGCAUAUCUGAGCUUGCCUUGUCGUCUCAGCUAGUAAAUCUAAGUGAGAUAGUCAUGUCCCUAACUUGCAACAUAAUUUGUAGGUCUGCUUUUGGGAAGAGUUAUGAUGAGGAAGGACAAGUGAAGUGGGGAUUUCGCAAACUUCUUGCUGAAUCUCAGGCAAUGAUGGUGGGAGGCUCCUUAAUUGCAGAUUUUUUGCCAUCUUUUGGUUGGUUAGAUAAACUCAUUGGAAAUUCUGCAAGACUUGAGAGAGUUUUCAAGAUGCAGGAUUCAUUUCAUCAACAACUCAUUGAUCAGCAUCUUGAUCCAAAUAGGCCAAAAUCAAUGGAUGGUGACAUGCUUGAUACUUUAAUCCGUUUGAAGAUGGAGAAUUCAUCUUCACUCAAUCUCACUUGGGAUCACAUUAAAGCAGUUUUAAUGAUUGUUUUUAUUGGUGGGUCGGACACAAGUGCAGCUGUUAUAGUUUGGGCCAUGACAGCUCUGAUUAAAGACCCGAGGGUGAUGAAUAUAGUCCAAUCAGAAAUUAGGGAGCAUGUAGGGAAGAAAGGCAUAAUAGAUGAAGAAGACAUUCAAGAACUGCCAUAUUUCAAGGCAGUUAUAAAAGAAACUUUAAGGUUAUAUCUUCCAGCUCCGCUCCUAGUUAAUCGAGAAACACUUUCAAAAUGUACCAUUGACGGAUACGAAAUCAAGCAGAACAUGCUAGUAAUCGUGAAUGGUUGGGCCAUUGCUAGGGACCCUGAGUAUUGGGAGAAUCCACACAAGUUCUAUCCUGAAAGAUUUCUUGAUACUAGUGUUGACUACAAAGGACAAGACUUUGAAUUCAUUCCGUUCGGAGCUGGCAGGAGAAUUUGUCCCGGAAUAGCACUAGGGGUUGCAUCGGCCGAGCUUGGACUCGCUAAUCUUCUUUAUGCAUUUGAUUGGAAACUUCCUUCUGGGCUGAAGAAAGAAGACAUUGACACCAAAGUUGCGCCUGGAAUUACUAUGCAUAAGAAGAACCCUUUGUGCCUUGUUGCCAAGAAGGUGUGAUUUGUGCUUCUACAUGGCUUAUCAGUCUAGUGUUGUUAAAAUAAAACCUUUCUUGAUUAAAUAUUCGAUCUAGUUACAUUUUAUCAAGUUUUUAAAAUUGUUAUGUCAUUUAUGUAAUUACGUUGUAAACAGGUGA